GACCCUCACCUCCACUGCUGCCCUCUCGCCGCAUCGCUGCUCUGCGUCCACCUGGCGCAUCUGCUGCCUCGCUUGCGACUCGCAUCGUCUGGUGCUCACAGACGCUCAGGCCUGUCCGCGCCGGCGCCGAGCGCCGCAGUGGCACUGGCGACUCCUGCAUCUCCUCUUGCACGGCGCAGCUUCGACAGUCUCGCCCAGCUGUCCACCAUGGCGCUCGCCGACCACGUCGCCGGCCGGCUUGCGGCACUGCUCGGGCUCGGAACGCCCAACACAUUGCUCGCCACGCGCGUCAUCGGCCUCGCGCGCAGCCUGCCGUCCGAGGCCGCCUUUGUCGCUGCGGCGCGCGCCUUUGGCAAGAUCGACGAGGGCGAGCUGCGCAAGCUGCGGGAGGAGAUCCUGGCCGUGCCGGAGGAGCGGGGCGAGAGUGUGGAGGAGAAGCACGAGGAGAGGAGAGAGGAGCAGAGGCCCAGAGAGGCGAUUCGCGCAGGGCUCAAUGUCAUGGGCGCCGAGCGACACGUCUUCAAGGCGCCGUCGACCCCUCGUGCUUCACUCCUGGGGCUCGACCGCAUCGCCGCCGAAAAGCGCUCCGAGGCCUCCUCCUCUUCCUCCUCUUCCGACGCCCGCAAGCGCGCCAAGCUGUCCGCUCCGGAAGUCACGCCUCGUCCGUCUGGCUCCGAGACACCUCAGCCCACGUUUCGCGUGCCCACCCGUCCCGCUUCGUCCUCUCGAGAUGCCGCGCGCCCUAGGGAACGAGGAGAGGAGACACCUUCGCACGGAGGUGGUGUCUCUGAAGCUGCGUGGGCGAAACGCGAGGAACGUCGGCGAGCAAAAGCGGGACUUUCUGCCUCUGCAGCUCGCACUGACUCGAACGACAAUGGCCUCGAGGAGUUUCGCGAGCGCCUGAACCGCAACACGCGCGAUGAUCGACGAGGAGGAGGAGGGGAGAUGAGACCGCCGCCCUUGCCGCAGCGAGGAGUUCGAGGCUGGGAACAAGAGACACCUCGCUCUUCGCGAGAUGCGUACGAUGCUACGCCGCGCAGCGCCGCCAGCGUGCCCAACCGUGGUUGGGAUUCCACGCCGCGCUCCAGUGCGCGCUCCGACUAUACGCCUCGCUCUGGCUAUCCCGACGCCACGCCUCGCAGCAGUCGCGGCUGGGAGACGCCUCGCGGCGGCAAUGGCUCAGGCAGCAAGGCGGGCGCCGAAGAUGGGCGCUUAACUCUCGCGGGCCGCGGCUGGGAGGCCGACGCGGAAGAGUCUGCGGCGCUGGACCGCGACUGGUACGGCAUGGAAGAAGGCCUCGUGGCAGGCGACGAGGAGAACAAUCCCUUCUCGGCGUACGCAGAUGUCGAAGUGCCUCUGCCCGCCGUAGGACCGGACGGCAAGAAGCUCACCGCCCGGCAAGCGGCACGUAAAGCAGAGGGAGAGAAGUGGGAGGAAGAUCAGCUGGCUCGUAGUGGCUUUGGCGCGCGCAAGAUGAUCGAUCUGGACGAGAUGGACGAGGAAUCGGAGAGUCGAGUUCACCUUCUCGUCCACGAUCUUCGCCCGCCGUUCCUCGACGGCAAGACCGUCUUUACUCGCCAGCUCGAGCCCGUCAAUCCCAUCAAGGACGGCACUUCCGAUCUCGCAGUGUUUGCGCGCAAGGGCUCGCGACUAGUGAAGGAGAAGCGAGAGCAAAAGGAGCGCGCAAAGGCAGCUGCGAAGAUGGCUGCGCUGGCCGGCACGGCGCUGGGCAACAUCAUGGGCGUGAAGGAGGAGGAUGAGGUGGACUCGGCGGGCAACAAGAUCCACGAGACGGGCGGCGACUCGAGCGAGGCAAAGGACGGCGGCACGUUCAACCACAAGUCAGACAGCCAAUUCGCCAGUCAUCUCAAGAAGUCGACGCAGGAAGGAGGCGCCUCUGCCUUUUCGCGCGGCAAGAGUCUGCGCGAGCAGCGCCAGUACUUGCCUGCGUUUGCAUGCCGCGAAGAACUCAUGCGCGUCAUCCGCGAGAAUCAGGUCGUCAUUGUCGUGGGCGAGACGGGCUCGGGCAAGACGACGCAAGUGGCGCAGUUCCUGCACGAGGAAGGCUACACCAAGCACGGCCUUGUCGGCUGCACCCAACCACGCAGAGUCGCGGCCAUGUCGGUGGCGAAGCGCGUGAGCGAAGAGAUGGAGGUGCCGCUGGGCGACCUCGUCGGCUACUCGAUUCGCUUCGAGGACUGCACGAGCGAGAAGACGCGCAUCAAGUACAUGACGGACGGUGUCUUGCUGAGAGAGAGCCUGAACGAGGGCGACCUCGAUCGCUACUCGGCGAUCAUCCUUGACGAGGCGCACGAACGAGGACUGAGCACUGACAUCCUCAUGGGACUGCUCAAGAAGAUCUUGACGCGCCGAAGAGAUCUCAAGCUCAUCGUCACGUCCGCCACGAUGAACGCCGAUAAGUUCGCCUCCUUCUACGGCAAUGCGCCCAACUACACGAUCCCCGGCCGCACGUUUCCCGUCGACGUGCUCUUUGCCAAGACGCCGUGCGAGGACUUUGUCGAUGCGGCCGUGAAGCAGGUGCUGGCCAUCCAUCUCGGCGGCGGCAUCGGCGACAUCCUCGUCUUCAUGACGGGACAGGAGGAUAUUGAGGUGACGUGCGAUGUCAUCAAGGAGCGUCUGGCGCAGAUCGACGAGGCACCUCCGUUGCUCGUGCUGCCCAUCUACUCUCAGAUGCCGGCCGACCUACAGGCGCGGAUCUUCGAUGCCGCGCCCAAUGGCGAGCGCAAGGUCGUCGUCGCCACGAAUGUCGCCGAGACGUCGCUGACCGUCGACGGCAUCAUGUAUGUCGUCGACGGCGGCUACUCCAAGCUCAAAGUCUACAAUCCGCGCGUCGGCAUGGAUUCGCUGCAGAUCACGCCCAUCUCGCAAGCCAACGCCAACCAACGCUCCGGCCGUGCAGGUCGGACAGGCGCCGGAACCGCGUAUCGUCUCUACACGGAGAUGGCGUAUCGCAACGAGCUGUUCGCCAACACGAUUCCCGAGAUUCAGCGGACGAACCUCGCCAACACCGUGCUGCUCCUCAAGAGCCUGGGCGUCAAGAAUCUGCUCGAGUUCGACUUUAUGGACCCGCCGCCGCAGGACAAUCUGCUGCAGAGCAUGUACUCGCUCUGGGUCCUCGGCGCACUCGACAACGUCGGCGAUCUGACGCCCGAUGGCAAGAAGAUGAGCGAGUUCCCCAUGGAGCCGUCGCUCUCGAAGAUCCUCAUCGCCUCGGUCACGUACGGCUGUUCCUCGGAGGUGCUGACCAUCGUCAGCAUGCUCUCCGUGCCCUCCGUCUUCUAUCGGCCCAAGGAGCGCAUGGAGGAGUCGGACGCGGCGCGCGAAAAGUUCUUCGUGCAGGAGAGCGACCACUUGACGCUGCUGCACUGCUACACGCAGUGGAAGCUCAAUGGCUAUCGCGAUGCGUGGUGCCAGCAGCACUUCCUGCAUGCCAAGAUUCUGCGCAAGGCGAGAGAAGUGCGCACGCAGCUGGAGGACAUCAUGAAGACGCAGCGCCUCGAGAUCACGUCGUGCGGCACGGACUGGGACCCGGUGCGCAAGUGCAUCGUCACGGGCUUCUUCCACCAGGCUGCGCGCGCCAAGGGCAUCGGCGAGUAUGCGCAUGCGCGCACCGGCAUGCCGCUGCAGCUCCACCCGACGAGCGCCAUCAUGGGCGCCGGCAUCACGCCGCAGUUCCUCGUCUUCCACGAGGUGAUCCAGACGAGCAAGACGUACAUGCACACCUGCACGGCCGUCGAGCCUCAGUGGCUCGCCGAGAUCGGCUCCGUCUUCUACUCGCUGCGCGAGCAGCACGAGAAUGCGUCGAACGCGCAGCGGCGGCGCGAGGCGGCGGCGUCGCUGCGUGCGCGCGCCGAGCUGGAGAGCGGCUUUGCGGCGGCGCGCGCACAGGCAAAGGAGCGCCAGGCACAGGAGGAGGCGGGCGCCAUGACGCCGCGCCAGAAGACCAUCGCCACGCCGGGCGGCAUGACGCCGAGACGGGGACGGCGGGCGGGCCUGUGAGGGAGAGAGGCAAUGCAUCGUGAGCAAGGGCAGAGAUGCGGGCUGCGGCUGCGUGCAGCGUCUGGGUGGAGCAUGGCCUUGCCUGGAGGGAUGCCUUGGCGCCAGCAAGAGACGUGGCACUCUCGAGGCGCUGCCGCUGGCUCGACGGGAGCUCGAGGCAAGCGGCGGCAAGGCAGACAAUGCAGUCUCCGGCAUGGCCAGGCCCGGAGACAGCUGCCGUUCAAACGCCGGCCUCUUGAGACCGGCCCCGCCUCGCACGCGCAACAAGCUGGCCACAGACCCUGGCUCGCCCUUGAAGCGCAACGGAUGCGCCUUACGCGCACGGGAUGAGGUGAUGUUCUCGUCAUCGGCACGUUUUGCGUUGUUGGAGAUGUGGAGAGGUCAGG